UCUACAUGCAUUCCACACUGCUUCUUUAUAUGUUCCCUUCCGCUCGUAUCCAUAGCCUAGAAACCCAAAGAACAACCUUUAUACUCUCUAUAUUGUUGCCGACACACUUGUUGAUGACAUCAAUAUAACUCUGCAUUUUAUGCUAAUUACUUAUCAAUUCCAAUCCAUAAUCCCCUUGAAGCUUUCAGUUCAUUAGUUGUUUAAUAUAAAUUCCCAGCUUUAAUAAUUGUAACUACACAGAAAAUCAAGAAUAAGUUCUAGCUAGCUGAUGAUAAUAAUGGCGUUUGAUCUCUCUAAUUCGGUCAAUGUUGCACUAAUCCUUGGAUUACUUCUCCUUUUCCAUGCCUCCGCUGAAAAAGCUCCGAAUUACUCUUUCUUGCGCCCGGCAACGACGGCGCCAGCGGAGUCGCACUAUGACUACAUCAUCAUCGGCGGAGGCACCGCCGGGUGCCCGUUGGCGGCGACGCUAUCCCAGAACUACAGCGUGCUUCUGCUCGAGCGAGGCGGCUCGCCCUACGGGAAUCCGAACAUCACCCACAUGUCGGCGUUCGGGGCCGCCCUCUCCGACCUGUCGGCGUCUUCGCCGUCGCAGAGGUUCAUCUCCGAGGACGGGGUGAUAAACGCGCGUGCCCGCGUUCUGGGGGGCGGAAGCUGCCUGAACGCGGGGUUUUACACGCGAGCGGCACCGGAUUACGUGAACCGGAUGGGGUGGGACGGGCGCGCGGUGAACGAGUCUUAUGAGUGGGUGGAGGAGAAGGUGGCGUUUGAGCCGCCGGUGAAGGAGUGGCAGUCGGCGGUGAGGGAGGGGUUGCUGGAGGCAGGGAUUGAGCCUUAUAAUGGGUUUACGUACGACCAUAUCAACGGAACGAAGGUAGGUGGGACCAUAUUUAACUCCACCGGCCACCGUCAUACGGCGGCUGAUCUUCUGGAGUAUGCCGACCCUUCUCGCCUUACUGUGCUCUUGCAUGCUUCCGUCCACAGAAUCUUGUUCACCAACAAAGGAAUUGCAGGAAAUUCGAAGAUAGUAGCCAAUGCAGUGGUGUUCAGAGAUGCAUUAGGGGUAUCACACAGGGCAAUCUUAAAUAGAGGGGCAAUGAAUGAGAUUAUUGUAUCAGCUGGUGCAUUGGGUAGCCCACAAAUAUUAAUGCUGAGUGGAAUAGGUCCAGCCCAGCAUCUUAAGGCCCAUAAUAUAAGUGUUGUUUUGGACCAACCCUUGGUUGGGCAAGGAAUGUCUGAUAACCCCAUGAACGCCGUCUACAUUCCGUCACCGGUCCCCGUUGAAGUGUCCCUCAUUCAGGUCGUCGGGAUAACCUCCUUCGGAACUUACAUAGAGGCUGCUUCCGGUGAGAACUUCGGUGGUUCUACCACUCAUUAUGGAAUGUUCUCUCCUCAGAUCGGACAGCUGUCGACGGUGCCACCGAAACAGAGAACCCCAGAAGCCAUAGCAGAAGCCACUGAAGCGAUGAGCAAGCUGGCGCCGCCCGCAUUCCAAGGCGGUUUCAUCCUAGAGAAGAUAAUGGGCCCCCUCUCCUCCGGCAACCUCUUACUCCGGACCCUGAGCCCGGACGACAACCCCGCCGUCACCUUCAACUACUUCAAAGAGCCGGAGGACGUACGGCGCUGCGUCGACGGCAUCAAAGUCAUCGAGUCCGUCGUCGAGUCCAGACCCUUCUCCAAGUUCCGGUACGACAACCUCUCCUGGCAGAUCCUCCUCAACAUGACUGCCGCCGCGCCGGUCAACCUGCUGCCGAAGCACACCAACGCCUCCGUGUCUCUGGAGCAGUUCUGCAGGGACACGGUGAUGACAAUCUGGCACUACCAUGGAGGAUGCCAAGUGGGCCGGGUUGUCGACCCGGAUUAUAAGGUUGUCGGGGUUAAUAAUUUGCGAGUGGUGGAUGGAUCCACGUUUCAUUACUCUCCUGGGACCAACCCUCAAGCCACUGUUAUGAUGCUCGGAAGGUAUAUGGGAGUGAGGAUUUUGAGCGAAAGACUCGCUAAACAAUAGUGAAUGUGUUGAUCAAGCCCUUUAUAUUUGUCAAUAUACAUAUUUUUCACUUCUUUUUUCAAAUUUUCACUGCAAAAAAUAUUGCAAACGUGAGUACGUGAUUAUUAUAUAAUAAUAAUUGUAAUACCUUGACAACUCAAAUAAUCGAUGAAGCUGUAUGUAUUUCUCUGAAUAUAGGAUAGAAAGAAAGUCAUUGCUACAAAAUCAAAAAUUUUGGCAAAGUAUUAUUUAACUCGGCCGGUUUCAC